CCAUUGUCUGGAGAGCCCUCCCCAUCUUACGUAUAAACAUCUUACUGAUACUUCAUGUUCACUAUAAAAAGAGGGCAUUUCAGACUUAAGCUGGAAAGAGUAAAUAACACAUUCUCUGAAAAGGAACAUUCUAAAAGGCUUCUAAACAUGAAGGUAUCUCUGACAGCUUUAUCUAUGCUUAUCCUGAUGUGCAGUUCCUGCAUUCACUCAAGCCCUCACACACCAACAUCAUGCUGUUUCUCAUAUUCCAACAAAGUUCCUUCCAAGAGAAUUGCUUCUUAUUUCAAUACAAGUACUCUAUGCUCCAAACCAGCUGUAGUAUUUCUCACAUUCAAGAAUAAACCCAUCUGUGCUAAUCCCCAAGAGAAGUGGGUAACCAAGACCAUCAGACAUUUAAACAAAAGAUCUCUUCAGCUGCCAGCAUAAAUGGACAAUGCAAAGUCUUUGUAACCAGAAUAAUGCUCCUCUAAUAUUGUCUAAAUUAUUGUAUUUUUUUAAUAAAACAGUAAAAUAUCCCAAAAAA